AUUAUUUGAUUUUAUUGGCUAUAUUAUAUUAUUUUCUAAUCACUAUCUAUGUACUCUUCUGGUGAAAUGGUAUUUUUAGCUCAUUGAAAGAAGCUAUAACUUAACUUAAGCUAUGAAUUAAUUUUAUUAAAAAUGAAUACACUUUCUUAGUAGUCUUAGUCAAGUGAUCAGUCUUUCUUACUUAGCAGUCUUAUCUUAGCUAGCAUUCUAAUCAUGAAGACUUACUAGUAAAUAGAAAUAUGGAAGUGUGUUUGUUGUGAUGAUCACAAAACAAUACCUCAAUAGAUCCUCAUUUAAUUAUUUAAUUAAUUAAAUACUACCUAUCGUUAAUAAUACUUAUUUAAUAAAUUUAAUAAUUUAAAAAAGAAACAUUUAAUAUAAUGGAAAAAUAGAAAUAAAAUAUUUAGCAUAAGUAAUACAAAUGACUUUUAUAAAAUGUCAACUAGAAGCUAAUUAAUGUGGAACAUGCUGGGAUUUUCAUCAAUCAAUCUUUGUUAAGCGUCCAGAGACACAGUUUCCGAAGUAGGAUGUUAAUUGAUUUUCAUUGAUUUUCAUCAAAUAUUGUGUAUAUUUAUAUAUUUAGUAGAAGAAAUUAAUAAGGAAAGAAAAAAAGACCAGUAAACCAUGAAAUUAAUUAGAGUUUUCAAGUUGAAUGGUUUUCUAAAACAAUCUAGAGUAUUUAGGGUCUUCUGUCUGAUCAUUGCCUGCUAUGGCCUCUACAUAAUCUUGAAUUUCAUAUUUUAUAAAGAGAUAUUCUUCAAAGGCUCACAUUUGAAAUGUAACUCAACUGGAAGCCAAAAUGUGAUUAAUGAAAAAUUAUCUACUCCAAAGGAUGAUGUCAAUCAAAACUUAACUCAUGGUGUAGGAGAUGACAAUUUAAAUUUAAACUACUCCAAAAACUGUGGCCUCCCCUUCGAAUGCACCUACGAUGAAUUCCCCAUUCACCUCUACACCGGACGCGCCAAUUCGGAAAAGCCCAGAAUUUGCAUCAAUCAUCUUUACUCGGCUCUGCCAUAUUUUAAGAAUCUAGGGAGGGGUUUCAAUGUUGCCGUAGUCGACCCGAAGGCUGUCAAGGUCGUAAGGUUUGGAAACUUUGAUACAUUUGCCACAGAGAGCAAAAAGUUGGAGGAGUUUUUAGAACUUCUAGAAGCGGGAUUUUUGGCGGUUUUUGUUGUUUAUGACGACGGUUCUACAAGAUUAUCAGCUUCAGUUAGAGACGUGAUAACGUCACUAGGUAGCUCUCUCAUUAUGAAUUUGGCCUUUCGAGAUGUCUGGGUCUUUGUCGGUCGGAAGAAUUUGUCCGGAUUCAGUCCCAUAGAACAUAUUGAAUACUCUAUCUAUGGAUGGCCUCGCCCAAUCAGCCUAAGAACGUGUGUCAAACGAAACUUCGUUGGUGUAGAAGUCAGGGCAGACGUAACUGCACGUGUGAACGAAGGCCGCAGAAAGUUCUGUGUCGAAAGUCAAUUUGACAACAGUUUCUGCAGCGCUGAAAAUAUCGACGAGCCCCUGUCUACGUUACCUCUCUUCGAUCCGGCAUUGGAAAACAGUUCCUUGUUCUCCGCGCCUGUCGUUAUCGUUCCAGGACCUGAUAUCAAUGUGUUUAGAAUGCAAGUCGAGGCUCUGUUAUUUAACCCCGGCAUUUUGAAAGAAAAUAUUCACGUAUUUCUACCAGAGAAUGAGGAGCUAUUCAUUAAGCUUUCGGUACUUCUCGACUUGAAAAUUCAUUUGCUCGUCAAUUCUUUCUUCGAAGUAGACGAUUAUGCAGACAUUUUCCUAGGUUCUUUCAAACAUUCGUGGGAAAAUUUCAAUGCUCAAUACAUAGUGUUCCUCGAACAACAUGUGAUACCAAGUAACAAUUUUUUGAGUUUCAUGGCUCAGUGCAUGGAUGUCCUGCAGAAUGAUUCGUCGUUAAUGGCCGCUUCUGCCUGGAAUCCAUUGGGUCUGAGUUUGACGGCUAGUAACGAAAACAGAGCCAUCAGGAGUGGGGUUUUCCCAGGAGUUGGAUUUAUAAUGAGCAGACACGUUUACGACACACAUCUAAAACCGCGUUGGUCUGAAUUUAAUCACAUAAGUGCCCUUGACGGUUGGAGCAUACCUGGCCUAACCGUGGACACCAUCAUUCCCGAAGUUUCCCGAGUCUUCAUUCUUCCCAACUUCCAUCCCGGUAUGGCUUCUCUUUUCACAAAAAUUGUUGUCAGCAUCGACGAAAAACUUGAAACGAAAAUAGACGACCCUAAUGUUUUGAAGAAGGGUAACUACAGCACGUACUUGGAGAAUUUAAUUUCAAAAAGCGCUAUCAUACCGGAGAAAGAUGUAGAACUAUUUUGUCGAGAAAGGAUGCUGUGUAGUGACGACGAUCACAAGCACUGCAAAUCUAUUGAUUCCCUAUUCGCUAGCAACAUCGGGCCAAGUUACGUUGUGCGUUCCGCAGAAAGAACCGAUCAAUCUUCACCAAGUGCCCUUCGAAAUCUUCUAACUUGUCUUGUUGGAGUUGAUUUUCAUCAGAAUUUUGAAAGAACGAUAAACGCUAUUCAGUAUCAGCACAUAGUCAAGUUAUCACUGGUCGGAAGAGAUAUCAUCAUUAUCACGGACAAGUACACCCCUGGCAAAAGCUGACAACCGAACUUUCGCAGGGCCAACUGAGUCGAUAAUUUUGUAUGUUUUAUCAUAUUUUGAUUGUAUUUGAAACGAACAACCCUCGGUUUUUCAUUUUUCCACGAGUUUUAUUUAAAUUAACCACUUUUUAGUCAUUUUGCUCAUGAACCUUCACUUCAUUUAUUUAUUGGAAGGAUUUUUACGAACAAAAUAAAACACAACGAAUAUAA